AUGAGCAAAAGAAAAGAACUCGGCGACAAGAUCGUCGACAAGGAUGCUAUGGUGGACGACGAGAGCGGUGACGACGAGGAUUUUGAUGUACUUGAUGUCGAUUUUGAAUGGUUCGAUCCGCAACCAGAAGUUGAUUUCCAUGGAAUCAAGACCCUCCUUCAGCAGUUGUUCGAUGUCGACGCUCAGCUGUUCGAACUGUCGGCAUUGACCGACCUGAUCCUGUCGCAGCCAACGUUAGGGUCAACUGUGAAGGUCGACGGCAACGAGACGGAUCCAUAUGCAUUUCUGUCUGUUCUCAAUUUACAAGAGCACAAAGACAAACCCUUUGUCGGCAAGAUCAUUCAGUACUUGCAGUCGAAGGCCAAAUCCAAGCCUGAGCUUACACCUUUAGCCGACCUGCUCUCACAAGCAACCAUACAGCCCAUCGGCUUGAUUCUCACCGAACGACUCAUCAACGUGCCUUCCGAAGUCGUGCCACCCAUGUACACUAUGUUGUUGGAAGAAAUACAGUGGGCGAUAGACGACAAGGAACCUUAUACCUUUUCGCAUUAUCUCAUUCUGUCCAAGACUUACACCGAGGUCGCCUCCAAGUUAGAUGCCGAAGACGACAGACCCAAGAAGAAGAAGAAGGCUACGGGAGGUGGUUUUGAAACCAUGUACUUCCAUCCGGAGGACGAAGUGCUGCACCGCCAUGCGAUCUGUCACGGGCAGUAUGAUUAUUCCAUCAAGCAAGACGAAGGCCAUUCGGAUUCGAAAAGAGCUUUUCAGGAGCUCGGGAUCAAGCCUCAAGGGCAUGUCAUGUUGAUUUCAGGGGAUGAAUUCAAAGCUGCUGUCCAAGAUGUGGCCGAAUACCUGAAGCCGCAGGCCUGA